AUGAAGAAUUUUUUAUUUUUUACGUUUUUAUUGCCGAUUGUACAUCCUCAAGGGACGCCAUUUAAAAACGAAAACUUAUGCAGGACAAGAAAUGAUAUUUAUUUGCCCUACGAUGAAUUUAACAUGGACAGUUGCGUUUUAUGCUAUCGUUUUAUGUCCAAUUAUAGCUUCAAAGAAAAUUCCCCAUUGGAUUUAUCCGUUAUAGAGACUAUAAUGAAAAAUCAUAGUAGUUAUCAAGAUUUAAUGGAAAACGAAACGAUAUUAAAAUCAUUUAUAAAUUCUGUCGCCGUUAAUAAAUGGAAAGAAUGUUGCAAAAGUGCAUCCGAUUGUUGUACAUCAAUGAUUGCAAAUAAAACUCAAAAAGUAGAAAAUUGGUGUCCGAGAACUUGGGACGGAUGGCUUUGUUGGCCUGAUAUAAAACCUGGAAAUCAAGAACGAAAACUUUGUCCGAAUUACGUAUUGACAAAUAUGGAAAAUUGCACGAAUUCAUUCGCAUUAAAAACGUGUGAAAAAAAUGGAAAAUGGGCUCAUCAUCCAUUUGAUAAAAAUAACGAAUGGACCAAUUACACGCCAUGUUCGGCAAAACCAAUGAUUGAAAAAAGAAUGUAUGUGACAAUAGGUUCAUAUGCACUUUCCGUAAUAGCUCUCGUACCUGCACUUAUCAUUUUUCAAAAAUUCAGAUCUUUAAGGUGUCAUCGUAUUAUAUUACAUAAAAAUUUAUUUGCUUCUUUAUUGUUUCAUUGUUCGACGCAAAUCGCAUUCAAUUCCGAAUUCAUACUCGAUGAUUUAUCAGGGAAUUCGAGAAUAAGCAAAAACGAAUUGAGUUGCAAGGCGUUGUUAGUCGCAACGAAAUAUUUCAGAUUGACAAAUUAUUUUUGGAUGUUUUGCGAAGGUUUUUAUCUUCACAGGCAAAUCGUUAAUGUUUUUGCCGAAGAAGCGAGCCUUACUAUUUUUUACAUCAUCGUUCCCAUUAUUCCUGUCGCGAUUUUUAUUGCGUUUCGAAAAGCCAUUCACGAUACGGAUUGUUGGGCUUUACCAUCAGAUUACAUUGAUUGGGCAUUACAUCUUCCAUCUGUAAAAGCAACGUUAGUUUUAGUGCCACUUUUCGGAAUACAUUUUUUAUUUACUUUAUACAGACAGAAAAGUGUUUGUUCGAGUAUCGAAGGAGCUUAUGCGUACAUAAGGUCAACAUUUGACGGUUUACAAGGUUUUCUCGUCGCUGUUAUUUUUUGCUACGUAAAUUCAGAGUUUGUUUUUUACAACACAGAUGUCACUCUUUUAAUUUAUAAAGAAAAUUUAUAUAUGUGA